GCAUGAAUUUUCCCCUGUAGACAAUAUUUAAUGGCCACCUUCAGCUCCGUCUCUGUCGAAGCACUCAUUGUGCAAAAUAUUAACUGAUGAUCAGGAGGGGCUAUUAAUGGCUUCAGCAAUUAUGGAGAUAUCCCAAGAGAUAGCUGUGGAGUUAGUUUCUUCUACUCUUCUAAUUAUAUUAUUUCUUAAUUUCUCAUCUUUUUUUUAUAAUUUAAAGAAAUAGAACUGUAUUGAAACAAUCUGAUCUCAUGUUAUUGUUAUUUCAAUCUGAUCCUAUUUCAGAAGCCAAUAUUAUAUUGGAUAUAUUUCACUUUAUCACCCGCAAGUUUUUCGAAAUUCUGACUUUACUACACAAAGCUUUUAUCUUUUCACUUUCAUUCCCAUCGUUUACUUUUACCAUCAGUUCAUGUUCUCUGUUAACCCAUAAAAUAUAAGUAAAUAAAUAAAUAAACUUACAAAUAUAAAAAACCAUUAUCUAGCUGCCUCCACCUUCUUCUCCUCCGUGCACACCACCAUCUCCUCACCGUCUCUCUCUCUUCGGAUGAACCCAUUCGCAACCCCAUCUCCAGAUACAACCCCAAACAACCAAACCGCACAGCGAGGAAAGCUCAACCCAACCACCAUUCCCACCACCCCCAGCGAACCAAAUCACCCCUGCCUUGCGCUUUCUCCCUCACUGCGCACACCACCCCAUCCCCCAAAAUUCUCAGCACACACAACCUCUUAUUUUCCUCCCCAAAUUCAACAAUUUUUUUCCCAAAUCCAAGACUAAUUCAACGAUUUUUUCUCCAAUCCAACCACCAACGAAUUCACCCUACGAGGACAUUAGAGUACUACUUGAUCUUCACAAACCCAAUCAUCAGCUUCAGUGUCUGAUCUGAAAAAACACACGCCCUUUGAAAUUAGAACAAUACCCAGAUAUGUAAAAACACACACCCUUCCCCGACCCGCUCCCUCCCUCUCUCUCUCACCUUCUGUUUUCCUCUCUACCCAGACCACCCCACAAGCCCAACGCCACCAUACAACUACCCCUAUCCCCACUCGAGAUCCACCCCCAGCCCCAGCCUCACCCGAGACCAUCCCCCAACCCCUGCCCAAAUCCCAGCCCCUCCUCUAUCUCUAUUCCCUGUCGUUAGUUGCAGAGAGAGAGGAGAGAGUUUUCAAAAUUUUGUUUUUUUAUUUUAUGGUUUUUUAUUUUUUUAAUUGUUAAUUGAUUCUUUUAUUUUUUUUAUUUUUUUUAUCAGUUGAUGUGGCACAAUAUGUCUAUUUUUAAUGUGCCAUUCAUUGUCAUGUCAUCAUUUAACAAAUAACUUAACAAUUUGAUUAAUAGAGAUAUGAAAGUGAUAGAAAAAUUAAAUUUUCGGUACGAAGUUGAUACGAAAAAAACUUCAUAUAGCGAAGCUAUAAUUUUGAGAAACUUACAAGUACUAAAGUGAAAUUUACCCUAUUAUAUAUGAUCUGAUUGUCUUCUUAUUCAAUGCCUCUCUUGAAGUUUCUUCUUUCUUUUUUGGUUGGAUAAAAAAAAGGGCCCAUAAUAGAGGCCCAAUUUCUCUUGCCUACGUAAAGGCUCUCUCACACUAGACAAGGCAGAUACCAGUUCUUUACUUUGUACUAAUUACUGCAUUAAUCUUGUUGAUCCAAGAUGCAUAUACACGUGUUAUAAUAUGAAUAGACGAUAUCGUUUGUUUUCCCUAAUCCAAUUUUGUGCAUCAACAUUUGUUUGUUAUAUCUUUUUCAGCAUUGUAGAACGUAUACCAAGAGAAUCGUCACUACGAAGUUGGGCAAUUGAGGAAUCUGCCACUAUAAAUGAAGGUCAUAGAUCAAGUAGAGAAUGGCCAAAAAUAAUAAAGAGUAUUUUUUAUCGAGGUCGGUCAUUUCUUCCAAAGUGGAAGAGGGCAUUUUUAGCAUCAUGUGUAUUUGGGGUCUUAAUAGAUCCGUUAUUCUUUUAUAUUCCUAUUGUCAACAAGGAUAAGAAGUGCAUCGGGUUAGAUAAAAGUUUGAAGGGAGCCGUUAUUUCACUACGAUCGACAAUGGAUCUAUUUUAUUUAGUGAACAUUGUUAUUCAAAUUUAUAUCGAACCUAAAGUUCCAACAAUUAGGGUCAUGGGGAGAUCAUAUCUUCAUACCAUAGUUUUGACAAAAGGAACCAUAUUAGUUGAAGAUGCUUUGGCAAUGGCUAACAGGAUUUGGAGGAUCUCAUCACAUAUCUUAAUUGACAUUUUAGCUGUUCUUCCCAUUCCACAGGCAGUGAUCCUUAUCUUCAUGGACUCUAGUUCUUUGAAUACGAGGAAGUUUUUGGCUUUUCUUGCUCUGUUACAAUAUGUACCACGAGUUCUUCGUAUCUACUUAUUGUGUACAAAAUUCAACAAGACUCCUACCAGAGAGACUGAAAUAUGGAUUUUAUUUAAAGGCGCAUUCAGUUUCUUUUUGUACAUCCUUGCUAGUCAUGUAUUUGGAGCUUUCUGGUACUUUUUAGCUAUCCAGCGGGAGGCGGCUUGCUGGCAAAAUGCUUGUCGAAACAACAAUGGAUGUGAACCAACUACCUUCUACUGCAAUGGUCGUACAAUCAAAGACAUCACAUUUCUGGACGACUUAUGCUCUAUAAAUCCACACAAUACUAAUGCAACACCCUUCUGUUUUGGUAUGUUUGUUGAGGCUGUCCAGUCUGGUGUGUUGGAGUCAACAAAUUUACCGAAAAAAUUCUUUCAUUGUUUCUGGUGGGGCUUGCGAAAUCUAAGUUCUCUUGGGCAAAACCUCGAGACGAGUAACUAUACAUGGGAAAAUAUCUUUGCCAUUUUUAUUUCUCUAAGUGGCUUGCUCCUGGUUCUACUAUACCUCACUACAAAUUUGAAGAUAUGUAUGGAGUUGGUAACUAGAACAUCAGCGAAGAUGAGAAUUAUACGGCAGCUGAAAAUGAAAGAUCUAGAGGUACAAUUCUGGUUAUCUGAAAAUGACAUCCCUAAGAAUAUGAAGGCGACCAUCAUGCAAAAGGUGCACAAACAACUUGAACAAAACAAAGAUGUUCGUGUGGAGAAUAUCCUCUAUAUUCUUCCCUUGGAACAAAAGAGAUUUAUCAAGCGACAUCUCUGCUGGCCUACAAUGAAGAAAGUGCCAAUGCUUCGAGUUAUGGACGAUCACGUGUUGAAAGAAAUCUUUGACAAUCUCAAGCCAGUGAGCUAUACAGAAGACAAAUGUAUAAUUGGAGAGGGUGAACCACUUGUUAAAAUGCUCUUCAUCACUCGAGGCAUUUUGUUGACCUACACAACUAACAAUGGUGCUAGAAGAAGUAGUGGAGGUUCUUCAACCACCAAGUGUCUUGCCAAAGGUGAUUUCUAUGGAGAAGAACUUCUAACCUGGGCAUCAACAUUCUCCCCGCUUUCAGACUUACCCAUCUCCACAACAUUUGUCAAGUCCCUCACAAAAGUUGAAGCAUUUGCGCUCAUGGCCAAUGACUUGAAGACUAUAGCGUCUAAAUUCUGGAGGCAUUUUAGAACGGAUGCUCGGAUGCAGGUACAUCUCUCUGCAAAUCUUAUACAAACCAAUUGGCGCCGCCGCUAUACAAGGAGGGGCCGGUGGUAUAGCUUGAAAGAGCUGGAGAUUGCGACGCGUGGAUUUUCUCCAGAGAACGUGAUUGGAGGAGGAUACGACGUCGUUUUCAGAGGAAUUUUGCAGGACGGCCAUGUCGUGGCGGUCAAGAACCUUCUCAACGACGGGGGUCAGGCAGAGAUACUGUUUAAGGCGGAAGUGGAAGCCAUUGGUAAAGUAAAGCAUAAGAACUUGGUGGGUCUAAUUGGCUAUUGUGCUGAAGGCCCUCAAAGGAUGCUUGUACAUGAAUACAUUGACAAUGGCAAUUUGGAGCAAUGGUUGCAUGGUGAUGUUGGGCCUGUCAGCCCUCUGACCUGGGAUAUUCGAAUGAAAAUAGCUGUCGGGACAGCAAAAGGGCUGGACUACUUGCACGAAUGGUUAGAACCCAGGGUGGUGCAUCGUGAUAUAAAACCCAGCAACAUUCUUCUGGAUAGAAAAUGGAACCCGAAAGUAUCAGGUUUUGGCGUGGCCAAGCUCUUAGCACCUGAGUCAAGCUAUGUGACUACAUCUGUAGUGGGGACAAUGGGAUAUAUAUGUCCAGAGUAUGUCAGGACAGGUAUGCUUAACGAGUGGAGUGAUGUAUAUAGCUUUGGAAUUCUACUCAUGGAGAUAAUUACAGGAAGAAGACCAAGUGACCCUUCCAGACCAGAUGAAGAGAUAUUCCUGGUUGAUUGGUUUAAAGAAAUGAUCCAAAGUCGCCGUGGGGAGGAGGUUGUAGAUCCUCUGAUAGAAGUUCGGCCCUCUCCAAGAGCUAUGAAGCGAGCAUUGCUGGUUUGUCUCCGCUGUACAGAUUCAGAUGUCAACAAGCGACCAAAAAUGGGGCAAAUUGUUCAUAUGCUUGAGGCAGAUGACUUCCCUGAUUGUUCUGAAAGUCCUUUCUUAUCAUGUAUGUUCCUGUCCCACUUAGAAUUUUCUUGGUCUGGUCGAUCACCAGUAUUAUGACUUUGCAUAAAUUUUGAGUCGUAUAUUAAAGAGUUGCCCUCUCCACAAAUUUCUGCCUUUGCAUGGUUUGAUCUCAAAACCUGUCUCCUAUUAAGGUGGAGAGGCAGCACUUGGUCUGAUGAUGGGACUGGUAGGAUAUAAAUUAUGUAGAGAGACUGGUGUUUUGUAGAUGCAUUGCAGAUGUGUUAUUUCUUCAACAUCAAGAUCACAUUAACAUGUUCUUCAUUUUCAGCUUCCUCAUUUUUCUGUUCUAUAAGCUGCAGGAAACCUGAUCAACCCGAUAGAAAGAUCAUUUCCCUUCCCAUGCAGCUGCAUCUGAUAAUGUUCAAUAUCCAAUCCAAGCAUGCCAUGGAUAGAAAUGAAGGGAGAUAUGGAAGUGGAGAUUAUUAUGUUUUGGCACAGGAGGCAGUUCCUGAGGCCAUUUGACUUCUUAUCAUGAUUCUCCAUUAGUAUAUAGAAAAGAUAUUACAAGCCUUGAAUGUGCAUAUAAUUUUUUAUAUAAUUUUUUCCAUGAUCUUAUAGAUUUUGUUGAUAUAUUUGGAUUCAUACUUAGGAGCUUGUAAAUAUGUACUUAUAUCUUUUGAUAUGUAAGGUGAGGUCUGCUAAGAAUA